GGAAGCCGAGACUAAACGCACAGCUUCGCGAUGUUUGUGGUCUUACAUUUUUCAUAGUUUUAUAUCUAUUGCAGGUUAAUACAUAUGUGACUCAAAAGUUGAGUUUGAAGUUCACAUGGAUGUGAACAAAAUUAGCUAUUUUUUAGCUAACCUUCGCUGCUAGCUUUAUUGUUGCUAGCUAAUGUAGCUAACUAGCAUUAUAAGCUAGUUGGCAUAAUGGGAGCAAAAACUGGUUGUCUGUCAAACUUCAUUGUGUUCGUGCAGGCUAGAUCCUAUCAACGUUUACUAUAUUGUAGUGCUUUGGUACGCUGUUAAUAGACGUUCGUGUCGGUUUGAUAUUCGUAACUUGCUGAAAAAAAAAAUCCUGUUCACCGACAUUCAUUGGUCUGUUUUGCUAGCUAACUCGCUACACUACCUUGACAGCAGUAUGCAAGGAUAGUGGUUAUCAGCAUCAUCAGCAAUGUUACUGCUUCAUUAUUUGUGCAGGAUUUGGACCCGGCAUGGGGGACAUGAAGACCCCAGAUUUCGAUGACCUGUUGGCAGCAUUUGACAUUCCUGACAUUGAUGCAAAAGAGGCCAUCCAGUCUGCUCCUGAUGAGGCUGAGGGCCCACACGGACCAGGUGGUGCUUCUCUAGGAAAGCCGGAAGGUGGGCUGGGUGUAGGGACAUCUCUGAGACCACCUAGUCCCCCGGACCCCCAUGCUGACACGCCUAUUGUCAGUGUUAUUGUAAAGAACCGUGUGCGACCCGAGACCCUAGAUGGAGGGGAUGGGGAUUCGGAUGCAGACCAGGACAAUAUGGAUGGCAUUUCUGGGGUUGCUGUGGGCCCACGACUGGGUGCCUGCGCCCCAGGCAUGGCUGAAUCUGAACCACAGAACCACAAUGGGUUUGGAGCCUCCAGUGUUUCCACACCCCUAACCCAGACCCAAUCUAAUGGGGAGCCAUGGUCCGCCUGCACCCCAAAAACAGCAUCAGAGGGCGGAGGAGGUAGUGCUGGAUCCACUAAAUCUGCCAAGCAGGGUGGCAAUAUAUUCAAAAGACUGAAGCCUCUCAUGGUGCAGGGGUCCGGAGACCCAGUAGGAAGGGCAAGAAAGAUGCAGCUCCUACAGCAGCAGCACCAGCAGCAGCACACACCACAAGAUGCAGGCCAUGAAGAUGGAGACGAGGGCAAACCUUCAUUAUCUUUGUCAAUUACGUCCUCUACAUCUGUCCCAGGAGGGUCAGCAGGGCUUCCCACUUCUUUUCUUGCAACUUCCAAGCCACUUCUAACAUCACCAACAACCAUCCUGUCCUCACUACCGCUACACUCCUCUCAGGCUUUUAACGGGGCACCUAAUGCCGGCCCGGCAGCAUUUAGUCCCCAAGACUCAGAGGAUGAGGAUUCAGACCCAGACAUAGGGCCUCCGUUGAUGAUUCAGGAACCCCCAGAGUCCCCUUCCCGCACCCCACCCAAACUAACCCGUCGUUUCAGGUCCCCAGCUUCCAGCUCGGACCCCACCCAUCCCACUGCCUCAUCGACAGCCCACCCAAAACCAGGGGACAGUACCUUGGGCACUAAAGUGACCUGCUCAAACCCCCCGUAUGGCUCAAGCAAGAGUCCGCCACGGGACGACAAACACCCAGAACACGUUAUAGAGGAGCGGGACUCGCCUGAAAGCCCAGUGUCAGAGAUGCCCAAGUCGGCAGCACCACAAACCACCAAGAGGUGUUCCAGCCCAGCAGUAGCUUCCACACCACCCCCCUCAGCCUUACAGGAGCCUAAGGAGGAGGAGGAAGAGAUGGAAGUUGGGAAUGGAAUUGAAAUGGCUUCGGAUGGCAAGGCCGAUUCAGGAAAGGAAGAGGGUGCUAGAUCAGAAGAAGACAAAAUGGAGGUGGAUGAUGGGAAGUCUAAACUUACAAGCACUGAAGGUGGUGCUUCAACUCCAGGAGGGCCUGCGACUCCGUCAAGGCCCCUCAAAGUGCGGAUAAAGACCAUCAAGACCUCCACUGGUGGAAUCACCAGAAUGGUUACCAGGGUCGCACCUAAACCUAGUGCUGCUGGAGUCAAGGGUUUGGAUCCAAGCAAAGUUCCAACAGGGGUGCGCAAGGUCCCAGCAAACAGGGCCCGGAAACCUGACCCUCCUUCUGGUCGUACGACAGCCUCCCAGCCACAGAAAUCAAAGAGCCUCAAUGCUCUUCCUGUGUCUACGCUCGCAGCCAGUAGUGCUAUGCUUGCUGCCGCAACCAAGGCUCAGAACAAGAUGGCUGCCUCCUCGGACAAGGCCAAGGUAUCUGCCACUGCUGUUAGCAUCACUAAAUCAGCCGCCUUGCCUGCCACUCCCUCUGUAGCCUCUUCUCCUAAAUUCUCAGUAGCCACUGGUGGGAUUAGCGUACGUCCUGUUGGUGCUAAAACAGCAAAUGGAGGCAGCACAAGUGUCCUAGCAGGCACUCACCAGCCAAACAAGCCAGCCUCCAUCGUUAACAACACGGGUGCCGUCAUCUCCCGGAGCCAGUCCAGCCUGGUGGAGGCCUUCAACAAAAUCCUUAACAGCAAAAAUCUACUACCCAGCUAUAAGCCUGACCUAUCAACUCCUCCACCCCCAGAGUGGGGGCUCCCUUUGCCCGCCACUGGCUAUCGCUGUCUGGAAUGUGGCGAUGCCUUCGCCCUGGAGCGCAGCCUGGCUCGCCACUAUGACCGGCGCUCACUGCGUAUAGAGGUAACCUGCAACCAUUGUGCCAAGCGGCUGGCCUUCUUCAACAAGUGCAGCUUGCUGCUCCAUGCCAGGGAGCACAAGGAACGCGGGCUGGUCAUGCAGUGCUCCCACCUUGUCAUGAGACCAGUCACUGUGGAACAGAUGAUUGGCCAGCAGGACAGCACUUCCGGCAUGCUCUCUCCUUCAAUCUCCUCUCUUCCUCCAGCCUCUUCCCCCUCCACCACAUCAGGGGCACCUGCCCUGUCAACUGGAUCCUCCCUACUGAAGGACACCCAGUCUCCCUCCACAACCCAGCCCAGAUCUGUCCGCCGGGUCCCCCAAAGUCCCCAGGCACUGAUGCCCCUCCCCUGCAAGAAGGGUGAGGUGCUGCAGUACCAAAACUUCAAGUGUCCGGAGUGCCAAGCCCAGUUCUCUGGCAAGGCCGAGCUGGUCGCCCACUUCCAGCAGAUCAGAGCUACUCCUAACUCAACCUGUACCCUGUGUUCGCCACCCAUGAUGCUGCCCAACUCAUGCAGCGUGUUGGCUCACCAGAGGAUCCAUAAGCACAGGGCUCCCCAUGUUUGCCCAGAGUGCGGUGGCAUUGCCCGACAGGCCAGCUUCCAGACCCACCUGGAGGAGGCCUGUCUGCAUUUUGCUCGCCGCAUUGGAUACAGGUGCUCCAGUUGUCAGGUGGUGUUCGGGGGUCUAAAUUCUAUCAAAUCCCAUAUCCAGACAGCCCACUGCGAGGUGUUCCACAAGUGUCCAAGCUGCCCUAUGGCUUUCAAGUCGGCCCCCAGUGCACAGGGACAUAUCAACACCCAGCACCCAGCCCUCAACGAUGGACAGGCCAAAAUGAUCUACAAAUGUGUGAUGUGUGAUACAGUUUUUACUCAGAAACCCUUACUGUACAUGCACUUUGACACUCACCUGGCCAAGCAGAAAGUGCAUGUUUUCAAGUGUCCUGACUGCACCAAACUAUAUGCGCAGAAAGGUUCCAUGAUGGAACACAUAAAGACUGCUCACAGAGGGCAGUCAGUCAGACAGGAGGGCCAAUUAGAUGCCUCCACCCCUGCCCCAACCAACCCCUCCACGCCGUCCCUCCCGAAACCCAAGCCCUCUGCUAAAACAGAGAACUCAGACGGGGAGGACUGGGGCCGAGACCAAGAAGAGGACGAUGAGGAGGAGGAGGGAGGCGAGGAAGAGGAUGAUGAAGACUAUGAGCAACCUGAGAGUCAGCCUAGCGCCACCGAAAACAACCGUGGAGCUCCUUCCGAAUGGAGCUGCCAGCAAUGUCAGAAGAGCUUUGCGCAGAGUGACGACUACACCUCUCACAUGAAGACAGAACAUGGAAAGGCUCUGAAGAAGUUCCCGUGUCGCUUGUGCCAGAGCUCCUUCUCCACCUCUUCCAGCCUCCGGCGGCAUGUACGAGUCAUCCACGAGGGCAACAAGAGAGUCUUCCAUUGCCAAUAUUGCACAGAGGGCAAGCGGACUUUCAGCAGUCAACUCAUCCUGGAGAAACACAUUCGUGUCCAUCACCGGGUCAGAGCUAAUGAUGGAAAGCAGGGCCCUCCUCAGACCAGGAAGCGGUCAGCCCAGGGGGAAGGGCCAGGCAGCUCUUCUGAACAGGACGGAGAGGUGGGUCCCCCCGUGGCUGGAAUUGAGGAGAAGGCUGGCUCAGAGAGCGGUGAGGCUCGGGAGGAGGAGGACGGUGCCGGCCCCUCAAAGAGAACACGAGGAGCUUCGGCGCUUGCCGAGACCGAGGAGGAGGACAGCGUGUUCCGCUGCGUGCCCUGCGGCUUCGCCACAGAGGACGGCGCAGAAUUCCAGCGCCACAUCCCGCAGCACCGUGCUGAUGCCGCCUCCUUUCAGUGCCUGCAGUGUGGCGUGUGCUUCGCCUCGGCUGGCUCGCUGGGACGCCACCGCUUCAUCACCCACCGCGUGAGGGACCCCCAGGGGGAUUCAGAGCGUAGGCCGGCCCGCGCGCCUCCCUCCUCUGUGGAUGGCUCGCCCUCCUCUUCACCCCAAAAGGGGGAGGAAGGGGAGGGGAGCCUUUGCUGCCGGGUGUGCAGCCGACACUUCGACCGGGCCUCUGACCUCAGCACCCAUCUGAGGACCCACGGUAUGGCCUUCAUUGCCGCCCAAAAGACAGACAAGCCCCAGUAAUCCUGGAUUGGUUUACGCAUUGCCCCACCACACCCAGUAAUAGUUCAAACUUGGGGGAUAGCGGAGUUGAUAGUAUAUCUGAAGCUCGCGGGAAACAUCACACCAGGGCCACCGAACCCCGGUCAUAAAAGAGCAGAGCGGGGCCUCGGGGUGAUCGUUCUUGGGGGGCUGAAUGCCGACGGAUGAGACCACAUUCGUCCUUAAUAUUCACGCAUUCAUUAUCGCCGUGCCCAACAGUUAAAAAGGACUGGAAUCAUGAAGGUCACCUGAUCACAGCGUCGCUGUUGGUUUCCGGCUGUAACACUACGUUUGUCAUAGAAUUCUCAGUGACUUUGUGUUUUUCCGCCACGAAUAUCAUUGUUCGUUGUGGGUGAACCACACUAUCUCAUCGACAUCCAUUUCCUUUUGUAUCCAUCUGUUAUUUGUGCUUGUUCACAUCCUUCAUACAUCGCCAAAUACAUCAACAAAGAGACCUGAUUGUACAACGACAGUUCUCUUCCUGUUGGACCUAGUUUAUUUCCCUUGUUCAGGGCGGGCUGGGAAGGUACUGUUUUCAAAUCAUUGUCCGGUUUCACUUCAAACAAGCAGUAAAAGGGAGUAUUUGGAGAGUUGAUAACACUGAUUUUAAGUAAUAAUGACUUUGUCCUAUUUAUUUAUAUGAAACACAUUAUUGGUGUUGUUUGUGUGAGUAUUUUGCCACCAAUCUUAUAGAAAGAUGAAAUGGUAAAAGUAGUUUGUAAUGGAUACCCCAGGCUGGUGAGAUUUUGAUCUCUCUACAUUACACAUUUCUGUAGGAGAAAAGGUUGCAUAAUUAUGUUAUCGUAACCCGUGUUGUUUUGAAUGGAGGGUUUUGUCACCGACAUUAUAGCUCGGGAUGGGAGGAGAGACUUCCGAGAUGCUUGCCAGUGUCGAAAAUGCGGUUUAUUAGUGUAUGUUGCUCUGUAAAUAUAGUAUAAUAUACACUAAAAGAAGGCUUUUGGGUUUUGUUACUUGUAAUGAAAAUGUGAAUAUAAGUAUAGUAUUUGUACUUGUAAAUGUUUUUCUGCUUGUUGUUCUUUUUCCAACCAAUUUUAAGCAUUUCAUUUUUAUCGGAGGUAGCUAGCUAUACAUUGUCACUCACAAAAGCAGAGGGGGAGAUUUUAAUGAGUUGUAUUGUGUUUUAAUAAUGUGUACGAGUAUGAACAUUUCUCUCUUUGAUAUGAUUAUUUUCUAACUGCAGAAUCAGUGCUUGCUGUAUCCCCCUUUGUUUUUCUGUUUCAGUAACAUUUUCUCACUUGAAUGAAGACUUUUUGUAUGGAUGUUAUUUUAUUUUUGGUUGGCUGAUAUUUAUAUAGCGAAACAAUGAACCCACGUUUUAUUCUACAUCAUGAUUGUUGUCUGCUUGCGGAAUUGCCAUACACUUUUUGUGCCGUUUCAAAAUAAAUGCGUGAAGGACAA